UCCCACAGGCGGCAGCCAUGGCGGCCUGGCGGGUCCCGGUGUCCGUGGGCGCUGCGCUCGGGAGGCAGCCGUCCGCCGCCCCUACGCCAGAACUGCCCCGGGUCGAAGAAGGGUUCCGACAGCGCCUCAGCUUCAUCCUCUGCUCCGCUUCGCAGGGAGACCGCGGCGGCUCUGGGCCCAACUCGCAGGGCGGGCCGGAGGGAGCAGCGAGGCGUCCGGCGAGCAAAGAGUUAACAGCGGCGGAGCGGAGGAUCUUGGAGCUUCACGCCGCCGCCUGCGCGGCUGGCCGGCUGAACUACGUGGACCCGGCUACCGGCUACAUGGUGCUCACCCGGCUGGCCCACUUGCAGAGAGGCAGAUGCUGCGGCUCUACCUGCAGACACUGUCCAUAUGGCCAAGUCAAUGUUAAAGAUCCAUCCAAAAAGAAGAAAUUCAAUUCACAUUUUUAUGUUUGAGAAGAAUUUCAUUUCUGUCCUCCAUCUAAUUGAGCCUUAUUAAAAAAAUAAAUAGGGGCUUCCCUGGUGGUGCAGUGGUUGAGAGUAUGCCUGCUGAUGCAGGGGACACGGGUUUGUGCCCCAGUCCAGGAAGAUCCCACAUGCCACGGAGCGGCUGGGCCCGUGAGCCAUGGCCGCUGAGCCUGCGCGUCCGGAGCCUGUGCUCCACAAUGGGAGAGGCCACAACAGUGAGAGGCCUGUGUACCGCAAAAAAAAAUAAUAAUAAUAAAUAAAUAAAUAAAACCUUAAUCCAGAAUUGUUUUCUAUGCUGUUAGUACUUGAGCACUAGUUUAAUCUUAAACUUAAGCAUAUAUUAAUCUUAAUCUUAAACAUGUAUUAAA